GGCUCCACGGGUCAAUCUCAGGCCUGAUGCUGCAAAAUUCACGGAAACUUCAAUUUUGUAAAUUUUGCAAUAUAUAUUUCAGAGAAUAAACAGAUUUUUGCUUUUUAUAUGGGAAAUUGUUGCAAGACGAGUUCGUCAGAUCCCUAUGCUGAGAAGAGGGACAACUAAUUAGUCUUGAUAAUGCAUAAUGCACUAAGAGGAGUUGGGGAUCUACUCAAUCGAAGAUGAGACUAGAAUUAGUACACAUUCUGCUAUGCAGUUUAGUUGCGUUAUUGCAGCCAUUGCUAAUGCAGUGCAAAAGGCCAAAGGGAGUUUUAGAAGCAUGGAUGAUAAAGUCGUCGCUGGUAGGUGAUGAAUUCAACACUCUGGAAGUGAAAAGAACAGAUUCGCCAACAGCAAGAUCGGAGAUAACAAGGCCGGGAAAAUUACAAGGAGAGCUGAAGCGUCCAACAAGGGAGCCUGGGGAGUCGUUGUCCCGCGAGAUUGCUGCAGCUCUGCCCUCGGGACCUCUUGAAGCUAUUAAUAAAAAUUCAAAAAACAAUGACAUUGCUACAUCUAAAGAAGUAAAACGAUCUUCGCAAGAGGGAUCGACGAAAAGUACUUCUGGGAAAAAUAAUAUUUUCAUUAAAAUUGACGAUCAAGAUGCGACCGACACUCUCCCAGGGGUGAAACGAACAUUGCUAAAACCUGUUCAUGCUUCGGCUUUUCCAAAUGGAGGGAAAGUACGUGAAAGGAUCGCAAAAGUCGUAGAGAGAAGAACAGGAAUAAGGAAAAAUGUCAAAUUGCGACAAGAAAUAGAAUCAAAUCCAGGUACAUUUGCAGAGGAAAACAUUGGAAGGCCAUAUGGCGACCCUGAUGGGUACAAAACAAUUGGUGAUGGAAUCUAUCUCAUGAGUGCCGAACAAGAGGCGGAAGCGAUGCCGCAUUUGACAGGCUUUGACCAGCCAUUGUAUGAAAAUGUAAAGUCAUCAAAACCCGCCGAAAAGGAUCUGGUCAAAGAGAAGAAGAUGCCGGACCCAUCGGAAGCAAACCUUCCUGAGAUUCUUUCACAUUUGGAUGAAGAGGUAUCAAAGAAGAAUACAACUGGCGCUGUUUCUAACAACAGCACAGCCGCUAAUGGGAGUGAAAACGCGGUGACAGAUGGAGUGUCUUUGUUGAAAGGUGUAAAUAAAAAUGUUGACGUAGAGACUCAAGCGCUUGCUAAUCAUGGUCGGCAAGACGAUUUGGAAGAAAUGACGCCCAACGAGUUGAACGCACUAGAAAGCUUUCAGGAUAAACUUGGCUUCGAAGAUAAGGCUAUCGGUAAAAUGAUUCUUACAAAAAACGUCGAUAAGGGGCAGCAAGAAUUUGUGCAGCAUACAAAUGCAAUGUUAGAAAGGGACAACCAAAAUCAAAUAGACAAAAUUGUGGGGAAAUUCAAGGAAGAGGAAAGCGCAUUUGUGCAGAAGAAUCCAUAUGUGAUAAACAAGCCUAAGCUACUGGAGGAAAUAAAGAAUGUUAGUUACCAUGACGAGGCAGCUACAAAAAGGGGAUUUCUUGGUACAAAUGACAAUGUAAGGAUAGAGAAGAUGUAUAAUUCACUGCUAAAGGAAGAUGAAUUGAUUUCUAACGGCAUGAAUGACAAGACAAAAGCCUCAGUAAGGAAAAUAAUUAGUCGGAUAAAGAACAACCCGGAAGAUGUUCAGAUGAACGACUUUCUAAAUUUCUUGGAAAAAGAAGAUAAGGUGACUGAAAAUGCGGAAGAUGAUGGUAGAAGUAAAAAUGGCGCGCAGGCUAAAAAAUCUAAAAAUAGAAAGCAGAAGAUCAAGUCUCUAAAGAACAACGCUGAUCUUUUGGCUUUGGAGCCGUCACUUGGCAUUCUAGCGGAUACGUAUAGCGCGGAAGGAUCGCCUCAGUUGAAGGAUAGCGAUAUUAGGAACAUCGUAGUUGAAAAGCUGAAACGGAAGAAAAGUAGAAGAGUUUCUAAGAAACAUAGUGGACAUUCUAAAAAGCCCGUUGUAACUUCGUCCAGAAAGAGCAGUGUCAAAAAUCUUAGUCUUAAGCUAGCACGGGAACUGAAAAUGGGCCCUGCUACUCGUAAUAAAACACGGACUGAAAAUUCUCAGGGGAAAAAAUUGAGUAGCAUGGAAUCUGAUAAACAGAGGGCAUCAGAUAAAGUAGCCCGGAAAGUACAAUUGCAGCAAGUCAAGGUUUUUGAGAUAAACCGACAGGAGGAUAUAGAUAAGGACCCAAAAAGCGCAAAAAUGGCGAAUAAACCUAAGAAGAACGAAGACGUCCGAAAGUUUGGUGUAAAAAAAGUUUUAAAACGACGGAAGAAUGGAAGAAAAAGAACAGAAAGAUUGCAGAAUUUAAGUAUGAAGCAGGGUAAAAUGGCAAACGAACUAUUUGUAACACCUUUGAAAGCCAAAGAAAAGACGAGAAGCAAAUCGCAAAUAGACGACAAAGAUUACUAUUGGCAUGGCACUGUUAAACCUGAAACGAGGCAGCUACCAACGGAUCCAGCAGACGAGAUAAGAAAAUUUGGAAGAUUAUCCAAUUUAACUCCAGUAGGAUUUGAAGAACCACCUAAAGAAGGGAUUGGACAAGUAAUUGGAGAUAUGAACAACAUUGCGAAUAUUGGAACAACGACUAAAGACAAUGAAUUCGAGAGCAACCGUGAAUCGGCAGAAGUAAAGGACUUCGGGGACUCAGUCGAGAAGCUGACUGGAGACGCAAAACAUGGAUUGAACAAAAUUGAUGAAAAUGACGUGUCAUCAACUUCAUUCUUCUCUGCACCAAAAUUGCAGAGAGACGCGUACAAGGAGAUACUUAAGCAAGGACUUGAUCCAAUGGCACAAAAUGUGAUGGGGGAUGCCCUUAAAAGUAUGGAUUCAAAAGACCUUCAGAAGGUCCAAGGUUUUGUCAAUAAAGAUCACUCUAAAAUAAUGGCACUGUUUGACCCGUCAUCUUUGAGGCCCAAGAUAGAAGAAUUUGAUGAAGGAAAUGAGAGAGAAAGCGAUGGGGAGAGUUCAGAUGUCGGUGAAGAGCUUGAAAGCGAACAGCAGCAUGGACGCAAAGAAAAACACGCAAAAAAGCAUAAAAUGAAAAUUGUGCUUCAUUUGCCAGAGGAGAUGGAAGGAGGAGAACAAGAGAUUCACGGAAAAGGCUCAGAGCUGCCUAUUGGAACAAUAAAGGAUUUGACAGCAGAGUAUGUGAAAGCAGCGAAGAAGCCGGGCUUAGGCCAAAGGUUGGCAGACGAUGACGAAGAUACUUUGGAAGAGGUAUUGUCAAAGCCAACAGGGAAACUAGAAGAGUUUCAUCCUGCAACAACUGAGUCAGCUGUCGAUUAUGUCCCAGAGUCUCUUCAAGGGAAGGAAAGCAAUGAAUGGGCCGAGAGGGAAGGAGACAGACCUGGGAAGGAGACGAUGAAUAUUGAAUUAAACGAACAGGGGAAAGAAAGAAACGACGAUGUUGCUGACAAUUUGAAGAGCAAUAACUUGUUAGCAAUGAUUAAGAAUAACGAAGAUAUGUUGCAAAGUGCUUUAGGAAGAAGUAACAACGGCGAAAAAAUUGAAGAAUUCAUCAAGAAAAUAAAAGAAAACGAAGAUGGAACGAUUGGCAGUAAUCAAGGCGAUGCAGCGCAAAGCAAAUCUGUCACCAGCAAAAAGAAAGGAAAACAAUCCUCGAAUGGAAGAAAGACAGCAAAAAAUGGCAACGAAAAGCAAAGCGAAAGUUAUGGAUAUAGCGAAAAUGCUGCGCCUAACAUAUUUGAAGAUCAGCUGAAUUACGAACACAAAAGCAAAGAGGUAUCGCAAGUUAUGCCUACGGAAACAGUGAAUCAAAUAAAAGAAAUUUUUAAUGCCGACGAGCAUCUGAUGCCGAUAAACUUUUUGGCAGAGGACCACAGGGCACUCACGAAGCCAGGCACUGGGCCAUUGUCUGCUAAAAAUAAAAAGAUGCCAAUUAAGAUGGCCACCAAAGUAGUUACAACGCCACUGUUGCACAAAAUUGGGAAGAACACACCGACUGCAAAUUUAGUGCCUCACAGUUUACACAUACAAGGUGGAAAUAUUCAUGGUGGAGACAUCACGGGAGGUUUCAUAUCAGGGGGAGAGAUCAGUGGAGGUAAGAUUCAAGGAGGGCAAAUAACUGGUGGAAGAAUAUUGGGGGGUACAUUCAAAAAUGGACGAAUGGAAAACGGGGUGUUGUAUAAUGGCAAAGUUGAUGGAGGUCUUAUAAAGGGAGGCAGCAUUUAUGGGGGCAAGAUUGAGUCUGGAUUAGUUGUUGGCGGAAAGAUCAAAGGAGGAGAAGUUGACGGAGGUAAGGUAUCUGGGGGCGAAAUUGACGGAGGUGUUAUUAAAUCAGGAGAAAUUAGAGGUGGUGUUUUGAAAAGUGGGAGUAUUGAGGGUGGCAUUUUAAAAGGGGGGAUCAUAGAAGGAGGACAUCUUGCUGGCGGCGUGAUGUUAGGUGGCAAGCUUAAAGGUGGUGUUGUGAGAUCAGGUGUUAUUAAAGGUGGUGUGAUAGAGGGUGGAAUAGUAGAUGGUGGGGUAAUUGAGGAUGGAGUUAUAAUCAAAGGUGGGGUUGUGCGAGGGACAUUUCCACAUAAUUCGACAGUAGUAUUCAGUGACAACUUCGAGGAUGACGUGGCAGCAUUAUCGGGAGCAAAGGAAAAAGACAGCGCAAAGAAAACUGAGGCAACCGCAAACAACAGUAGCCGGCCACAAGCUGAGAGCACAGAGAAAAAAGAAAUAUCACCAAGUAACAUAACAGAGGAUAAACCGAUGUUAAUGCCAGAACCAAAAGUAGUGGAAAAGAUGCCUGAUGGCGAGCAGUCAAGCUUACGUAAGUCGACUGCAGAGCCAGUUGAGAAAAUGAAAACAACAGCAGCUCAGAUGUACAAAAUUAGUGUUGAUUCGAGUAACCAAGAACAUAGCGUAGAGCCCCUGCCACAAACAGAUUCAAGCCAUGCAGGCAGCGAUCAAGGACAAAAACAAACUGAAGGGAAAGUGCCAACAGAUAUCAGUAUUUUAGGGGCACCUGAAAGUUGGCCGAUUGAAGGUGAGACCAAAGGGAAGCAAAGCGACGCGGACAAGGAAAAGCUGGCCCCUGUCACUUAUUCAAAUAACGGCAACGAGAAACAGAAGCCAGCUGCCAGCAAGCCUAGCCCUUAUCACGAAGAAAAGAACAACCUCAACACUGUGAAAGCCUUUGAAGGCAAAGAACCCUCACUCAAGUCUUCAGGAUCGACCAAUGAAGAACUAGAAUUUGAAGACGUUGCAAAGAAGGAAGGAGGUGCCGAACAGAAGUCCAUUUUGGCGAGAUUUCAGCCUUCGCCAUUUCAAAGCCAGCGCAGCGCAAGGUUCUCCAAAGAUUAUGGGACAACAACAAGAGCAACAAUAGGUAAGAGUCCAACAGCAGCUUUGAAAUAUCACUGGUCACUGAAUUCAGUUCGAGGCGGCAAGAUCUUAGGAUCCCCUGGCAAAAGUAUGUCUGUGAUUGGAGGAAUCAAAAUGCAUAGCGGUAUUGCGACACUAAAUGAUGGAUUAGAUCGAGGCUAUCUAGAUGCUGGAGACUAUCAAGGAGAAUGCGUUAGUGAUCCAGAUGUUUGCAAAGAUGGUUUGACUAUCUCACUCACAAGCAAAAUAUACAAAGACAGUGCAGAGAGCCCCACACGAAUGUAUUUGUUCGAUUCAGGCGCGGGAAGCGACGAUUCCCGCGGGAUGGCAUUAUGGGUAAACAGGGGAAAGAUCGAAGGGGCUGUUUCCAGUCGAAAAGGGACAUGGUGUUUAGAGGAAGACCUUGACAAGUUUCAGGAUCGAUGGGUUGAUUACGUCAUGACAUGGCAUCCAAUGAAAGGCUUGUAUCUCUACGCAAAUUGUGAGCUGUUUGCGGUUUCCGGGUUUGGAAGAGGCUGUGAUGUGUGCAACCGACGUUCUUGUCACCAGGAAGACAAAAACACGCAUCUGAUGUUUGGACGACCUAACAAAGGACCUCAUUUCAAGCUCACACAUUUCUCAAGUGGCGAUAUUACAAUAUAUGAACAGUUCUUUGAUACCACUGGUGUAGAUACCCUAUGUGGCACUAACAAUGAUAAUCUACGAAAACCAAGUUUCACCUCACAAAGAGUGUUUUCAAAUACCCCAAUAAAAUCUCCACUGGAUUCUUCGGCCUAUGUCAUGAAGAAGGAAAGAUUAAGCAAGAUGACCCCAGAGUUCAAAGUGCCAUCUUUAGACAGGGACCCAAAAGUCAUUGGCAACGAGUUCGAAGUCUGGCCUACUCCAUCUGGUCUGCAAUCGUUGUCAGCUUUGUUUCAAGUAAACAGUCCCGUCAAAGCAAUUGCACGAGAAAAAGUUCAAGUUGACGGCGGUUAUUCAGAAUGGUCAGCCUGGACUUCUUGCAUUGGUGUAUGUGGUGGCACUUCGAUGUCAACAAGAUAUUGUAACAACCCUGUGCCGAAAGAGGGUGGCCACGAUUGCUCUAUACUUGGACCCGCUAGACGAACAAGGUCAUGUGACGAGACAAACUGUUUAGCCCCUGAGAGCUUAAAAGCAUUGGCAAGAUUACAAUCAGUGUCGUCGACUUUAGAGAACGACAUUUCAAAGCGAAAAGUAAUAACGAAAUCUGAACCAAAAGUAAAUCAAAAGAAAGAUAUUGAUGAUCUGAAAGAAGAAUUGGACGAGCUCAAGGAAAGGUGAACAAUUCACUUGUAGAUUUCAGCUCUAACAUGUAAAAAUGUAAAUAACGGUCUUUUAAAAACUGAUAACACUUUAUUGAAUUUGGUGGACUCUAGUAAACUGACGAAUCAAGCUGGUUUCUUUUGAAACAUUUGAAGACAAGCAUGAUUAUAACACAAUAGCUUUUAUUUUUCAAUGAAAAGUACAUUUAUUAUAAACAUUCUACUUUUUUCCAUCUAGUUCUACAUUUCUAAGCUGUUGACUAUCCUCCCUUUAAAGAAGUAUCAACGCAAAAAAUUUGGCAUCGCCAAAAAACAUUUUUCGUCCAUCUAGUUUGUUAUGUGACCAGCAAAGACUAUCACAAGAAGGCUCAAUGCUGUCUUGAAUACAGAAAUAGGGUCUAAUUAGGGGAAGAAAGUUGAAGCGAGCAAGGGUACGAGUGUCUGCGAGCGCGGGUCGUCUGGAGGCCGAUAUCGGAAGAUUUGAACGAGCGCGUAAUUGUCGUCACGAUCUAUGAAAAUUAAAAACAAACCAAUUUUGAACGAGCAUGGCGCAAAAAGGAUAAAAGAGGAAAAAACGUUUUCUAUUCUGGACAAGCUCUCACCAGUUUGGGGGAUAGCCUGUGGUAUAAUUCUAUAAUACAUAGGUUUGCAUACCAUUCUAUUCAUUUUAUAACGGGAAACUUUAGCACCUAAUACCUAGUAGGCCUAGAACAGGUCGGUUGGGAGCGGUUCGAAACUUUACUUUUGACAGAUUUAAUUCUUUCUUCAUUAUAUCCACAUUUUUAAUUUCACUGACGUGAGCAGCCAUUACCGCUAGGCAGAAGCUUGCCUUGUACCGAGAAAUCCCCAUCGACCGAGAGCUUUCACGAUUAUUUUCGGAUUUCAGAUGAUCAAUCGAUUAUUUGUUGAUGACCAUUGGACCGUAAAAAUACUAGGUUACCAAAAAUUGCGUCGCACUGGUUUCUCUCGCUUGUUUCUCGCAACAUUUAUGCUAUGCGAUACAAAGCACCUAAAUUUUUCAGUAGAACUUUUAUCCCCACUUCAUAUGACCAAAAUUUUUGUGCAAUUAUCGGGGGUCGGAAUUUUGCGUUGGUGCCUCUUUAAAGAUUGGCUAAAAAUUUUUAUUAAAUGCCUAAAGUUAUCAAAAAUAUUUCUAAAGAGCACAUCAAAGUCUUUGUACUUUUGAAAUGCUUCAACGUCUAAUGUAGAUUUUGAGGCUGUAUCUCUGUUCAAAAGCGUGAAAAUAUUUUGCUUGGGUGUUUGAAUAGUUUAUAAACGAAAUAUCAUCAAAAUGAAUUUUUGAUGAAGCGAAAAUGUUCCAUUUUGUAGAAAAAUGCAAUGUGUAGUAGGCAGCCGAUCUUUGUUGCAGAAGAUAUGUCACCACCCUGGAAUAAGCUUCAUUUUUUUCACGGUUCUCAAAAUAAAGACGAUUUAUGUUUAAUAGAGAUAAAAAAGUGGGUAAUCUUGACAAAUUGAAUGAAAUCUCUUAUCAAAAGAGCAUUGAAAAUUUGUUUAAAGGGCCACUCCAGCCCAAAAUUUUUAUUUCCGAAUACGAUGAAAUCAGACCUCCUGAAAACGAAUCUGUUAUUAUUUUUUUCAUAUCUUCAGCCGUUUUGUAGUUAUUAGCGUUUGUAAAUUGGUCAUUGAGUUGAAUUGUUUUUCAACCGUGUUAUCGGAGAUCUUCGGAUUGACGUCACAGGCAUUUUCGGCCUCUGCAUUUUUGCGGCAAGUACCAUCGGCUGUCCAAAGGGUCAACGAGAAUGUUGCGAAAUGGCAAAAAGGGCCUAGCAGCGGUAUAUUUGUUAGAAGGCCAGACUUUUAUCUAUAUAAAGAGACAAGUAUCGUCGGUCAGUCUUGAUUUUCAGAUCGAAUAUGGAAGUAUUAUAUCGCACGAAUCUGCCUGACAGAGCAGUCAAAUUGUCAAAGUAGGCCAGCGAGACAGAGACAUGAGGAUGUUCAAGGUCUGGAUAAUGGAACGUUGCUUUUGAUGCAGUCUGUUUUGGCAGGCCAGUUUUCUGAUUUUUAAAAGAAUAUUCGCGCUUUUUCAUCAGCUCUACAUUCAGUGCAAUAACCAAAAAAAGCCAUCACGCAAUUUAUUCGGAAAGACCUAAACAAAACCAGUAUACCAGGUUGAUACUAUAGAUUCAGCAGGAUAAAGAGCUUCAUAUCAACAUGAAUUAUUGAGAAAAAAAACAGGACAAUCAAGGACAUGGACAUGGAAGUAUACAAACUUUCAAGACAGGACUAAAAACCUACCAUUAGUCAUGAGUCAAACAACUUUUUUCAAAAAUUAUACCUAUACCAUUUGUUCUUAUAUCUAUAGACAAAAAAGUGAUUUGAGAUUAUAUUAACAUUUCAUCUUUUUCAAUAUACUUGUGUAAAAAUAAUUUUUGUAUUGAAUCUUCAAGCUAUUGCAGUGGCCUUGUCAGGUCCUUUAAGCUGUCAGAAUUUUAACCUGCUAUAUAUCAAUGAAUAAUGAAUACAUGUUUGUAUUUAAAUACUUAGCUACAUUGAAUAAUAUAUUAUAAAUAUAUAUACAGUCAGGCCAGUGAACUAGCUAGCAAAUUUGUAAUUUAAAUUGCACAUGAGAAAUGUUCUUAUAAAAGUAUGCUGAAACAAUAAUCUAUUGCAAAAUUUAUAGAAAAUACCUAUAUGCUGUUACUAGUUUGAAAUAAUAGCUGUGGAUUUGCAAACUUUAUAUAGAAAUGACCAAAUUAUCUAUAAAAUUUUGAUAAGUUCAAAAAUAGUCUGCUUUGUAAAAGUGUGUCAAGGU